UCGUCAGUCUACGUGUGGGGUUCUCUUUCACGCGAGACGUAAAUGAACAAUUUGACGUGAACUAGCAUCAUGGCGGAUGAGGAGCUGCCACUAUCUGCGAAUCUGUGCGGUGGUUCGCUUUCACACGGUCACAGAUUUGUUUUAAGAAGUUUUCUGUAAACUUUGAUCGGAAUCAAACUUUAAAUGUUCCCGAUCUGAUCACCAACAGGAAGCAGCCAGCGCGUGAGUUUGACUCAGGAACCGAAAGGCUCAGUCAGCACGAUGACACAACAAUCUGGUGUUAGUGGAACUGAGCCUGAUCCUUAUGGAGCGGACGUCCUGUCUGCCUUUCCAGUCUGUGAGCCCCGUGACAGAUGGAGUGAGAGAGGAGGAGGAGGAAGAGAGGCACGUCCAAGCUCCCUGCUCGAGUACACCGUUCAUCUACGUGACCAGCACCGUACCACCAACCCCCCUUUCACCCCACCAGCCCAGAGGCCCUGUCCAUUCACACCUCCUCUUAGUUCAGUGGCUGCUGCAGUUAACUCUGCAGAAGAUCCAGCUGGCCCCAUGACUGGCACCUGCAGUCCUAUUUGCUCCAUGUGCACUCCCACUGCUUCAGGCUGGGACUCUCUCAGAUCCACAUCCACGAUUCCCAGCUGCUCUGAUGGAGAUCCUGUCAGUGCUGCUGCUCAUCUUCACCUCCUGGGGGAGUCCUUGUCCCUGAUUGGACACCAUCUUCAGGAAACAGAUAAAAUGUUGAACGUGUCCAGCAGCUUGUCUCUGCUCCUCGACUCUCUGCUUUGUGCCCUGGCCCCAAUAAUCUGCCUCACCGCACAGAUACCAGAGCUCAGGAGCUGCACACAACACACACUGGUGAGAGACGCACACGGACACCACACACUGUCCACACAUGACACUACUGUUCUGUCAGUAUUUGAUGAUAUAAGGAGGAAACAUCAUGUCUCUUUUUAAGGCCUCCACCCUGGAAAACAUUGCCUAUAUGAUGCCUGGGCUGUGAGUGAUGACGGAGACCACAAGGGCACAUGUGCUCUGAUAUGUUGAAAGACACUUCAGUUUAGUUUACAUAGAAAAAGUGAGAAUCAAAACUAUUUCAUUAUAAAAUAUUUUUGGUUUGGACUUUAUAUUUGUGUUAAUUGUACACAUUAGUUUACGUUUAUGUAUUGGUUGUUUAAUUAAAAGACAUUUGUACACUUAUUUACUGUUCUUCAUUUGAAAAUUGACACAGACUUCCUGCUUCUAUAGCUUGGUUCAUAGUGAAAAUCCAGCAUCGCAAACUUUUGGUGUCUUAGGUUUAUACUUAUUUAUUUAUGAUACAAUUUCCACAAUGUAAUUAGUUUGCAAUAGCACAGGUAUGGAAUGCUGCUAUAUCUUCUCAGAGUCCUGACCGAUGAAAAUGUUCAUUUGAUUGCACAUUAACAAGAAAUAGUCGAGGUACAGAAGCAACUUAAUGAAUUCAGCUCUCAUCUAAAUGUGUUAUUGUACGAUAGUAAAUGUUAAAAUGGUGAAAUGUUUAUUUAUCCCUUUGUACAUUUAAAUAAUCAUGUAUACCAGAGAGUUAAUCAUUUUCUAUAUGGAAGCAAAAACUCACACAAGCUCAAACUGACCAAACACCUCAGCUGUAAUAAAAGCCAAGAGAUGCAGGUAAUUUCCAUGUGAGUGUCUAACCUGUGCUUCUUACUGUAAAUUAUUAAUUUGAUUAAUGUCAAAAAACUUGGCAGAUACUAUGAAACUUAGUGGGGUAUGAAGUUUGGGUUAAACAAGAACCCAUUUCAUGUGUUGCAGAUCUGUAUCAGGGGGCGUGUCCAUGAUUUUUCUUUUCCGCUUCCUUUAACAUUGCGAAAUUGGGCAUUUUGAUCUGGUGAUUUAAAAAGUGGUUUCCUAAGGGGACUGUUGGGCCUUGGCCGAGGUUUGAUUGACAUUCUACUCACUUAUGAAUCAUCAAUAAUUUCCUUAUUACCUGUGAUUUAAAGAAAAGUUGGAUAAUCAAUCAAUCCAACCAGAGUCUGAAGGAUCCAGUUUGAGGCUCUGAUGGUUUCAUACUCAGAAGUAUUUCAUAGGUUCCCAUCAAACACUGACUCACAGCACAAGCAGGGAGAAACUUGUUCUAUUUACACUGUAAACCUGUCCCGUGGUUCUGGGACCUGCCCUCCGACCGGCUCUGAGGUGAUGACUGCAACAGAUACUGUUGGAAAGUCAAUCAAUCAUUUUACUCAGGUACUGGUUUAAAGAACAAUUUUAAGAUGCGUGUACUUGUACAUUAUAAUUAUUAUUGUCAUCUUCAGCAUCAGAGAGGAAGUGGAAUAAAAUAAAGCAAAACAAAAUAGACAAUAUACAACAAUAUAUAAUAAUAAAAUCAGGGUUAUUAUUUUCACUUUAUGCUACUAAAUACUCUCACUUUAUGAAAUAAAGUAUUUUAUCUUAGUAUAUAACUUUAUUUUACAGGUUGAGUUACUACUUCUCCAAUGACAACGUCAAGCAACAUCAUAAUAUUUACAGGCGUAUUUGACCAGUUAUUCCCUUUGGCGACUGUAGACCAGGAGGGA